UGGGGAGAGAUGGGUCUUUUCCCAUCGAUGUAUCUUCUGCUUACAUCCGUGGAAGCAGUCCAGAGAAAGAGAAUAGCAUAUCGUAUCUUUUUGUCUUUGUUUUAUUGCUUUCAGCUUAAACCCAGAAAGUCCCACCAUCAUCAACCUCCGUCCUUAUUUGAUCGUUCGCCGCUGACCCCAAAUCCUCUUUCUAUUUGUUUUGAUUUUCCACCGCAACCAUCUCUCCAACGUUAUAUCUCAGUUUAGCUUUGGACACCCAGUUUAGUUGAUUUUAUCUGUGGGGGAGUUUUCUGUAGCGGCUGAGUUACACUAUGAGGAAUGGAGUACAGCAUGUAGGUGAAUGUUCCAGCUCAACCUCUUGGAGCAGCCAGCAGGAUACUGAGGAUGACCAGAUGAUUGCUGUUGUAUUAUCAGAAGAAUACGCCAAGUUAGAUGGUGCUGUUGCUAGACGCCUUUCUGGUCUUGCACCUGUUCCUCAUGUGCCACGCAUAAAUUCCUUUAUUCCCAACGUAAGUGAUGCAAGUUUGGAUCACCAACGCCUUCUACAGAGGCUCCAAGUUUAUGGUCUAUAUGAAGUGAAGGUCUCUGGUGAUGGAAAUUGUCAGUUUCGUGCACUUUCAGACCAGAUGUACAGGUCCACUGAGUAUCACAAGUAUGUACGGAAAGAUAUUGUUAAACAGCUUAAAGACCACCGUCAUUUGUACGAAGGAUAUGUUCCAAUGAAGUACAAGCGAUAUUGCAAGAAAAUGGCAAAAUCUGGAGAAUGGGGGGACCAUGUUACCUUGCAAGCAGCUUCUGAUAAGUUUGCAGCAAAGAUAUGCCUUUUGACAUCAUUCAGAGAUACUUGUUUCGUUGAAAUUAUGCCGCAAUACCAGGCCCCUAAACAUGAAUUGUGGUUGAGUUUCUGGUCUGAGGUACACUACAACUCACUAUAUGAGAUCCAAGGUGCCCCAGUUCAGAAGCCAAAGAAGAAACAUUGGUUGUUCUAAGUUGGCAGAUUGUUGAGGAGGGUAUACGGCAUUCAUUCAUGCUGCUGAAAAGUUUAGUACUGUGCACACUGUGCUUAAUAUUUUUUACAGAUGACAUUUAGGUUUUGGUCUUCAUUGCUGUAAAGAUAUAUGGUGCAUUUCAGAUUGAGAUGCACCAGGUUAAAUUCUUUUAUUUAUUCUUCUGUAAGGUGGAUUUUUUUCCCAGUAGAGCAAAUUUUGUUCAUUCUACUGUCAA